AUGAACAGCACGGAGGCUGAGCUCGCCUCCAUACACGGCAGCGCUGAUAGCAGUUCAUCUCGCUGCAAGGUGCAUGUUGUGGCAGAGCACAUUAUCCUGCUCAAAGAGACUACUGCCAUCAGCCGUUGCCAUGAAGGGGUGUACCUGGUCGGCAACAAUGUUAAGGUCGGUGGGGGCAUUUUCGAACAAACGGAGGGCCCGAUUCCACUCGUCAGCGCGGAGGAGCUCGCCUUUAAAUUUGCAGUCAAUAACAUUAACAGAAACAGGACUCUGUUGCCCAACACGACAUUAACGUAUGACAUACAGAGGAUUAAUAUCUACGACAGUUUUGAGGCGUCGAGGAAAGCUUGUGACCAGCUCUCUCUUGGUGUGGUGGCGAUAUUUGGGCCCUCACAUAGUUCAUCGUCAAAUGCCGUGCAGUCCAUCUGCAACGCGCUGGAAGUCCCACACAUACAAGUGAGGUGGAAGCAUCACCCCAUGGACAACAGGGACACCUUUUAUGCCAAUUUAUACCCGGAUUACUCCUCGCUGAGCUACGCCAUCCUGGACCUGGUGCAGUUCCUCAAAUGGAAGACGGCUACCGUGGUAUAUGAUGACAGCACAGGUCUUAUUAGACUGCAGGAACUUAUCAUGGCGCCGUCCAGGUACAACAUAAGACUAAAGAUCCGCCAGCUCCCUCUGGACACACAGGACACCAGACCACUCCUCAAAGAAAUGAAGCGAGGCCGUGAAUUUCGCAUCAUUUUCGACUGCAGUCACCAGAUGGCCGCCCAGAUUCUCAAACAGGCCCAGACCAUGGGGAUGAUGACGGAGUAUUACCACUACAUCUUCACCACGCUGGACCUGAUGGCCAUCGACCUGGAGCCAUACCGCUUCUGUGGCGUCAACAUGACUGGCUUCCGUAUCCUCAACGUGGACAACCCUCAGGUUUCAUCGAUUGUGGAGAAAUGGUCCACAGAGAGGCAAAUACCCCACAAACCGGACUCGGGCCUCCUGGAGGGCGUCAUGACGACAGACGCAGCGCUGACCUACGACGCCGUCCAUAUUGUGUCGGUCUCCUACCAGCACGCUCCGCAGAUGACUGUCAACUCGCUGCAGUGCCAUCGCCACAAACCCUGGAGGUUUGGCGGCCGCUUCAUGAGCUUCAUCAAAGAGUCCCACUGGGACGGUCUGACCGGCCGGCUGUCCUUCAACAAGACUAGUGGCCUUCGCACAGAUUUUGACUUGGACAUCAUCAGUCUAAAAGAAGAGGGACUCGAAAAGGUGGGGAAGUGGAGUGCGUCCGGCGGUCUCAACAUCACAGAGGUGCCCAAGCGUAAAGGGAUGAACAUCACCGACUCCCUGGCUAAUCGCUCCCUCGUCAUCACCACCAUCCUGGAGGAGCCAUACGUCAUGCUUAAGAAGUCUGACAAGGCGCUGGUUGGCAAUGACCGCUUCGAGGGCUUCUGCAUCGACCUGCUGAAGGAGCUGGCCAACAUCCUGGGCUUCUCCUACGAGAUCCGCCUGGUGCCUGAUGGGAGGUAUGGCUCCCAGGAUGACAAGGGCCAGUGGAACGGCAUGAUAAGGGAGCUGAUAGAACAUAGAGCAGACUUGGCAGUGGCUCCACUCACCAUCACCUACAUGCGUGAGAAAGUAAUUGAUUUUUCUAAACCCUUCAUGAGCAUGGGCAUUAGCAUCCUAUAUCGCAAACCCAACACCACCAACAGCGGCUUCUUCUCCUUCCUCAACCCGAUGACCCCUGACAUCUGGGUCUACAUCCUUUUGGCCUACCUGGGUGUUAGCUGUGUCCUCUUUGUCAUUGCCAGGUUCAGUCCGUACGAAUGGUACGAUGCCCAUCCUUGUAACCCCGGGUCAGACGUGGUGGAAAACAACUUCACCCUCCUCAACAGCUUCUGGUUCGGCGUGGGUUCGCUCAUGCAGCAAGGCUCAGAGCUGAUGCCCAAAGCCUUGUCCACCAGGAUCAUCGGUGGGAUCUGGUGGUUUUUCACCCUCAUCAUCAUUUCCUCCUACACGGCCAACCUGGCAGCCUUUCUCACUGUGGAGAGAAUGGACUCGCCUGUGGAUUCAGCCGACGACAUCGCCAAACAGACCAAGAUCGAGUAUGGCGUCGUCAAAGACGGUGCCACCAUGUCUUUCUUCAAGAAGUCCAAGGUGUCCACGUUUGAGAAGAUGUGGGCCUUCAUGAGCAGCAAGCCGAGCACCUCUCUGGUGAAGUCUAUCGAAGAUGGAAUUCAGCGGGUGCUGAAGUCAGACUAUGCCCUGCUGAUGGAGUCCACCACCAUCGACUACAUCACCAGGCGAAACUGCAACCUGACGCAGGUGGGAGGGAUCAUUGACAGCAAAGGAUAUGGAAUUGGCACGCCCCUCGGUUCCCCUUACAGGGACAAAAUCACCAUCGCCAUUCUCAGUAUCCUGGAGGACGGGCGCCUACACGUGCUGAAGGAGAAAUGGUGGAGCGGCAGCAGUUGCCUGGACGAGGAGCGCCGUGAGACGGGCCCCAUGGGCAUCCAGAACUUAGGCGGCAUAUUCAUUGUCCUCGCAUCGGGCCUUGUCCUCUCCGUUUUCGUGGCAAUUGCCGAGUUCAUCUACAAGCUGAGGAAGACAGCAGAACGCGAGCAGAGGUCUUUGUGCAGUGCCAUGGUGGACGAGAUCAGACUGUCGUUCACCUGCGAGAGACGGGUGAAACACAAGCCCCAGCCUCCGGUCAUGGUGAAGACGGAUGCGGUGAUCAACAUGCACACCUACAACGACCGGCGACUCCCCGGAAAGGACAGCAUGAGCUGCAGCACUGGGAUGACCCCCGUCUUCCCAUGA